AUGCCAAGAGAGACGGAGAAAAAAAUCAGCUGGGAUUAUUUCUCGGAAAUAUUUGUGAAAUAUUUCUCCAGGGCGAUUUGGAAAAGCGGGGGAUCGGGCGAUAUCUGGACGACUGAACUAGAUGCUGAGCAUUUUUAUGAGGAGCUUUUAAUGGGAGAUCAUCAAGUUUUCGGGAAAAGAGGAGUAGCGAUUUUGGGCAAUCUCUUCAUUGAACAAGACGAAUAUUACGAAAGAAUAGUGGCUCUCAAUGAAAAAAAAUUUUAA